UCAGCGGCCGCCCUUAGGAGCGCCCCCACCGGCCAAAAUGGCGGCGGCCGUUGGCGCGGGAUCCUGCUUAUAGUUCCACUGCCUUACCCAUCUGCCUGUGGCAAAAUGUGAAAGGAGAAGCGGCUGGUGGAGGGGGUCCUAGGCAAUGAGUCGGCGAAGGAAACAUGGAGACAGCCCUGGCCUGAAGAACCCGCCGCGGACGGCGGCGGCGGCCGAGGAAUGCAGCUCAGUGGUCGAGCCACGGAAGAGACGGCUGAGGGCGGCCCGCGGCUCGGGGCUCGGCGGGGUCGGAGAGGGGCCGCCACGGGCCCGGCCGCAGCAGGAGCAGCCUCCGGCAGCCGCUGCGUGCAGUAAAAGUCACCCCGAGGAAAGAUAUGAAACACCAAAGCGAUUGCUCAGAAUGGAUUUAUUGUCAUCUACCUUCAGUUCUCCUAAUGAUCCAGAUGGACAGAAUGAUAUCUUUUGGGAUCAAAAUUCUCCAAUGACAAAGCAGUUAGGUAAAGGAAGAAAAAAACAGAUUUACACCACAGAUAGUGAUGAGAUCUCACAUAUUGUUAGUCGUAUUGCUCCUCAGGAUGAAAAACCAGCAGCAAACUCCAUGCUGGGCAUGUGGAUUGGUGAAACUGCCAUUCCUUGCACUCCUAAUGUUGCAAAAGGAAAAUCAAGAGCAAAAAUCAGCUGCACAAAGUUAAAAACACAAAGUCGAGAGGAAGAACUUAUGAAAUUGGCUAAGCAAUUUGAUAAAAAUAUGGAAGAGCUAGAUGUGAUUCAAGAGCAAAACAAGAGAAAUCAUGAUUUUAUCCAGAUGAUUUCAGAAACAGAGACUUUAAAUAAUUAUGAAGAUAAUGUACAGAUGCAGUUAUUCCAUGAUAGAGUUCUCGAGAUCGAUAAUGCUAUAAUAAGGAAGCCAGUGAACGAAAACACCAAGAUACCUGUGGUAAAUGAUCAAAAUAGCAGUCAGAAGCCAUUUGACCAAAAUGCUGAAGCAGCCUUUAAUGCCAUUUUUGAUGGUUCUACUCAGAAAUGUAGCGGACAGAUAAGCCAAGAUCUGUCAGAUACUUUUUUGAACAUCAGUAAUACCACCUUUGGAAAGAAGAGUGUUUUGAAAGAGGAGAAAAUCAUUACUAACGAAACUCGGGUCACUGAAAAACUGCCAAAUAAAACCCCAGGAUCGCUUUCUUGUCAAGUAGAUAAUCCUGGAAUGACAAAAUCAUGUGCGACUUCCAGUACUAAGGAACCGGAAGCUUUUAAUAAGCACCUUGAUGCGUUUGCUACCAGUGAUUUUGAGGAUGAUUGGGAAAACUUAUUAAGUAAUGAACUUUUUGUUAUGCAAAAUGGCGAAAUGUCUGAACUUUUCCCUGCUUCUAAAACAACCCAAAUUGUUGAUCGAAGAGGAAUUUGUACCUUUAACAAUAAAAAUGAUAAAAGUAAGUCAAGAACUAAUUCAAGUCUAGAUGCCAGAUUAAAAGAUUCAAAAAUUUUACAAGAUCUUCCUUCAAAGACACAUAACAGUGAAUUAAUAGAUGCUGGAAAAUAUAGUUUUUUGCCAGAUCCAAAUGGUAAACCAAACAAAUUACCAUCCACUGGAAAUAAAAUGAAAUUUGAGAAAUCUUUCAAUAAAAUUGUUGUUCAAGACAAAAUGCAAGAUUGUGCAGCUGCAUUUGAUCUGACAAAAGUCAAGGAAGAUAUUCAUACUAAAUUUACUUCUAAAGUAAAUGCUUCUGAAAAAAAGUCUACUUUGAACACAGGAUAUUCUAAUGAACAAAAAAAUCAGGCCAUUUUUAAUCAGUCUUUUAAAGCACCUGCUACUAUAGAUCCUUUUGGCUCUGCAGCUUUGGACAAUGAAACCAGUGUUCAUAACCCAAAUCAGACUAAUGCAUCCAAGUUAGAUUCUUUCUUUGAUGAUUGGAGUGAUCCAUCAUUUGCCAAUGAAAUUGUUAAAGCAUGUCACCAAUUAGAGAAUACCUGGGAAGCAGAUGAUGUAGAUGAUGAUUUAUUAUACCAAGCGUGUGAUGAUGUUGAAAGACUAACUCAGCAACAAGACGUUAGAAGAGACAGCAAGACAUCAGAAAGUAUACUUGAGAUCAAUAAUAGUUCCACACACGGAGCCAAAAACAUGUUUACUACAUCUAAACAAAGGAGCCAGUUGAUGCAACGGAAGCAUUUGAAUCUGAAUAGCAUUUCAGUGCAUAUGUCUUCAUCGACAAAUAAUUCACAAAUAAAUAAAUCAAUGAAAAUGGAGAAAAGGGAAAUUUGUGGAAAUUCUCCAGGUUUUCUGGGUGCUACGACAAAUUUGACUAUAUACCCUAAGAACUUGAAUUGUCAGGCCAAUAAUCUCCAUGUCUCUUGGAAUAACACAGAUGUUCCAAUACAAGUGAAUGGUUCCAAAUCAAUUCUUACAGGAGGUUCAAGUUUCAAUGUGAGUUCAGAUCAUAUGACUACAGAAGCUGCUACUUGUAAGAAGAAAUUGAGUUCUAAGCAUCUAUCCCAUAGGACCAUAACAGCUGAAGCACAGAGUGACCUUAACAGGACAGUUAGAUUUUCUAAGUAUACGUUUACAAAGAUGGAAAAUUCUCAGAUUUGUUCCCAGUUUAAUGAAAAUUGUGUAACAGGAAGUAUUUCUGAUACCAAAAUUAAACAGGAUUUGGAGAAAAAUAACACUCCUGGCAUCCCAUUAUGUGGGAAGGCUGUUCAACCGCAAUCUUUGGUGAAACUUUCUGAAUCUUUGAGACAACCUUCAAAAGAGGAAGAAGAGAAAAAUAGAAGGUAUUCUCCUGAAGAAAUUAAGAGAAAAAGGCAAGAAGCACUGGUUCGAAGAAUGGCCAGAUCACAGGCAUCAUCUGUAAAGGCAGCUCCCACUUAACUUGAUUUCUUUAAUGAAAUAUUAGUUGGAGGACUUAACAAAGACAGUUGAUAACUAUCUAUGAUAGAAAAUAUUUUUUCUUAGUUUCUCUAUGAGAAAUUUAAUGCUGAGUUAUAAAGCAUGGACUUCUACUUUAUUUGAUAAAUCAGUGUUUGCAGUAGUCAGUGAAACCUUUCCUUGGAGAUGUGUGUGAAAGUAAUUGCGUAUGUUUUGGAAAUUCUGCAAAGUUAGCAAUUAUGUGGUAAAAUUAUACACAGGAAAAUAGUUACAUUUUUAAAUACUGUGACAGAGGAUCAUCAAAAAAUAGGUAAUCUAUGUAACUUUUAUUGUAAUAAAUCUUUUCCUAUUACAAAGCUUCGACUUAGUAAGUUAAUAGAGACUUUUUGUAAUAGUUUUACUUUCAGUAGCAGUUCCUUGAAGUUUUUAUACAUUUCUAAAUUUUAAUUAAUACUUCCAUAUUCUUAGGAACAUGGUUGGUAGGAAAUAAAGUACUUCAAUUUAUUUGUAAGGAAAUUACUAUUUUCAAUUCCUAGUCUGAAAUAUAUUUGAAUUUUAAUUUUAUAAAACGUGAUACAUUUUGGAAAGUUUCCACCAUUUUUAGGGAAAAUGCUGAUUUAAGAAGUUUGGUUUAGAAAAAAGAAAGUGGAUUGGCUAUAUAAGUAAUGUAACAUCAUCAACACUUAGAACUGUGCGAAACUUCAGAUAUCAUCUGGUUCAGCUUCUUUCUUGUAUAGGUGAGAAAUGAAUACUGUUAUUCUGAAAGUCACAAGGCAAGUUAAAGCUGUGCUAGGAUUAGAAUUUUUUUCAUUCUAAUGGAUACUUUGACAGUUGUAUCAUUUGCCUCAGGGUAUUAAUUAGCACAUAAAAUAACUUGUUUGUGGGAGUAUUAAUUAUUUUAUAGUAUAAAACAAAAAAUGUAACUAAAAUUACCUUAAGGACUGUUUAAUAAUAAUGCUCAUUGUUUCUUGUAUUAAAGAAUUAAUCAUUCCAGGAUAUAAAAAUGAGAAUCUUCUAUUUUCAGUUUUCCUAUAACUAUGUAAUUUUACCUUGAUUAAUUUCCUGAUUUUAGUAAUUUGUUCAUCCUAUUGCUCCUUUUUCUUUUUGCCUGUUUGGAAUUUGCUAAGCCAGAAGUAAAAAUCUUAGAGAGCA